UCUGUGCCCGGUGCUCAAGGUUGGUUGAGCGGCGGUUUCUCCGGCGGUCGGGUUUAGGGAUGUAAGUGGGGGACUGAAAUGGCUGCCGAAAAGAAGCCGGAAGAUGAUCAUGGAAACAGCAAUGGCAGUCAUGUGAAAAUAUUCUUGCCCAAGAAACUACUCGAAUGUUUACCGAAAUGUUCUGCUUUACCAAAGGAAAGACACCGCUGGAACACAAAUGAGGAAAUUGCAGCUUACUUAAUAACAUUCGAGAAACAUGAAGAAUGGUUAACAACAUCCCCUAAAACUAGGCCCCAAAAUGGCUCCAUGAUCUUAUACAACAGAAAGAAGGUGAAAUACAGAAAAGAUGGCUACUGCUGGAAGAAACGGAAAGAUGGGAAAACUACCCGGGAGGAUCACAUGAAGCUCAAGGUGCAGGGUGUGGAGUGCCUUUAUGGUUGCUAUGUCCACUCUUCCAUUAUCCCCACUUUCCACCGGAGGUGCUAUUGGCUUCUUCAGAACCCUGACAUUGUAUUGGUCCAUUACCUGAAUGUACCAGCCAUCGAAGACUGUGGCAAGCCUUGUGGUCCGAUACUGUGCUCCAUCAACACCGACAAGAAGGAAUGGGCGAAGUGGUCGAAAGAGGAGCUGAUCAGCCAGCUUAAACCCAUGUUUCACGGCAUCAAAUGGACCUGCAGUAAUGGGAACAGCAACGCCGGUUUCUCUGUGGAACAGCUGGUUCAGCAGAUCCUGGACAGUCAUCAGACCAAGCCACAGCCUCGCACGCACAACUGCCUGUGCACCGGCAAUCUGGGUGCUGGGAGCAGUGUCCACCACAAGUGCAACAGUGCCAAACACCGCAUCAUCUCACCAAAGGUGGAGCCACGAGCCGGCGCCUACAGCAGCCACGCGGAGGUCCAGAACAAUGACGUGUCAGAGGGCAAGAACGACCAUGGUCAUGGCAAGGCCUCCAGCCGUGAGAAGCGCAACGGUAAGCUGGCCAAACCGGUGCUGCUGCACCAGAACAGCACCGAGGUGUCCUCCACCAACCAAGUGGAGGUGCCCGACACCACCCAGAACUCCCCGGUCUCCAUCAGCAGCGGCCUGAACAGUGAAACAGACAUGGCCGACAGCCCGGCCAUCACGGGCGUGUCCAGCAUGGCCGUAGCCUCGGUGAUGUGCAGCCUAAGCCAGAACGCCACCGUCUUCAUGUCGGAGGUCACCAACGAGGCGGUGUACACCAUGUCGCCAAGCGCGGGGCCCGGCCAACACCUCAUCGCCUCCGACAACGGGGCCCAAGGCCUGGUGCUGGCCGUCAACUCGGACGGGCACAAGUUUGCGUUCGCCUCCUCGGCCGCGGCCGGCAACCCCGACGGCCUGGCCAUGAUGUCGGCCGGCGUGGCGGAGGACCUGGUCCUCUCCUCCACCCUGGAGAACAGCGAGAAGAUCCCGGAGGCCAACAUGAACUUCGACCCCGACUGCUUCCUCAACAACCCCAAGCAGGGCCAGACCUACGGAGGAGGGGCGCUGAAGAACGACGGCGGCAAUGGGGCGUGUCGGCAGCCGCCGGGCAGCGAGGCCGGCUACUCCUUCAGCGGGCCCCUGGUGAAGGAGAUCAAGACCGAGGACAACUCGUUUGACCAGCAGAUGGCCAAGGAAGGGUUCCAAACCAACUCCGCCCCAACCUCCAUUUCCUUAACACCUGGAUCGGCCUUGCUGUCCUCUGGGGGCCUGAGUCCCAGCACCACCCUGGAACAGAUGGACUUCAGUGCCAUCGAAUCCAGCAAGGACUUUUCCUCGGGUUACACCCAGAACGUGCAGAGCCCACACGUGCACCAGAACCCCUCGCCCAGCUUCUUCCUGCAAGAGGCCAACAAGGCCCACCGGCUGGAGCCCUCCAUACACAACAACGGUUUGGGCGAGAGCGGGGGAGGGGCCUUCGCCAGCACCCUGGGGCUGGCCAACAUCAAGACCGAGUCGCCCGCCCAGGCCGCCUCCAGCUGCAACGGUCCAGUGCAGCCGGGCCGCGUGGACGCCUCCUCUUCCAUGCAGCUGCUGCAGUUCCAGGCCAACUUCCAGCCCAUCGCCGCGGAGACCGAGGUGCCCAUGGAAACGGCGGCGCCUGCAGAGGGGGGCGAGGGCCUGAUGAAGGUGGCCGAGCUGCCGGCCUGCGGCACCGAGCACUACAUCCAGGCCGAGGUCGCCGGCGGCAACGGGCUGCCCAUCCUCCAGGGCAACAUGGUGUCCAGCUUGUACCCAGUGGCCCACCACAGCCUGGGCGCCUCGGCCAACAUGGAGCUCAACCUGGACCAUUUCGACAUCUCCUUCAGCAACCAGUUCUCCGACCUGAUCAACGACUUCAUAUCGGUGGAGGGCGGCGCCAACGCCCUGUACGGGCAGCAGCUGGUGGCGGGCGAGGCCGCGGCAGGCGCCGGACUUCAGCAGCCGGAGGACGAGAGGACACGGGUGGCCACCUUCAGCCAGGCGGAGAUUUGCAUCCCCUGCUGCAGCCCCCAGCAACAGCAGCAGCAGCAAGGGAUGCAGCUGGGCAGCGGCGAGGGUGGAGGCAGCUCCAUGACCUACAUGCACGUGUCGGAGGUGGUCUCGGCUCAGGGAGCCCUGGGGUCGCUGCAGCAGAAUGGCCGGCUGUUCAUGGUGACCGAUUAUUCCCCGGAGUGGUCUUAUCCCGAGGGCGGAGUGAAGGUGCUGAUCACAGGGCCGUGGCAGGAAGCCAGCAAUAAUUACAGUUGCCUAUUUGACCAGAUUUCAGUGCCUGCAUCUCUUAUCCAGCCUGGUGUUCUCAGAUGUUAUUGCCCAGCCCACGACACAGGCCUUGUGACUCUACAGGUUGCCUUCAAUAGUCAAAUCAUCUCGAACUCGGUCGUCUUUGAGUACAAAGCCCGGGCCAUGCCAACUCUCCCCACGUCCCAGCAUGACUGGCUGUCGUUAGACGACAACCAAUUCAGGAUGUCCAUCUUGGAGCGCCUGGAGCAGAUGGAAAGGCGAAUGUCGGAGAUGGGAUCUCACCAACACCACCAGCAGACUGGAGGGGGAGGAUUGGGAGGAGGAAAUGGAGGAGGGGGUGGCAACAAUCAGGCGCAGUGUGCGUCUAGGGUGGCCAGCUGUUCCUUUGAGAGCCGCGUGGUGUUGGUUUGCGAGAAGAUGAUGAGUCGCGCCUGCUGGGUGAAAUCCAAGCACCUCAUUCAUUCCAAGACCUUCCGGGGAAUGACCCUCUUGCACCUGGCGGCGGCUCAAGGCUACGCUACGUUGAUCCAGACCCUCAUCAAAUGGCGCACAAAGCACGCAGAUAGUAUUGAUCUAGAGUUGGAGGUGGAUCCGCUGAAUGUCGAUCAUUUCUCCUGCACGCCUCUGAUGUGGGCCUGUGCUUUGGGGCACACUGAAGCAGCAGUCGUACUAUACAAGUGGGACAAUCGGGCCCUCUCCAUCCCGGACUCGCUGGGUCGUUUGCCUCUGACAAUCGCCCGCUCCAGGGGGCACGUGAAGCUGGCAGAGUACCUGGAAGAACUUCAGAGGGAGGACGAAUCGCAGAUCGCUGGCCUCCCCCAAACCCCCGGGAUGGUUUGCUCCCCCGCUGAAAAAUCAGCGAGUGACAGCUGGAUGGGACAGUGGAACAAUGGCAGCAACAGCAGCCAGGAGUCUCAGAAGAGUGUCAGCACAUCGUCAUCUACAGAUCUCAGACGGCCAAGGUCGGAAUCUCUCCAGUACCGUGGGAAUGACAACCAGCGAGAUCUUCCAGCUUCCAAGAAGCACAAGCUGAACACAGAGCACUUCCACGCCAGGCCAGACAAAUCAUCACCCCCUCCACUCAAUCUCGAGCAGAAGAUCGCCACCAAGCUGAACUCCAGCCCGAAACAAUCAAGCCCCGAGGCAGUCGAUUCCGAAAUGGAGAGGAAGAGUCCCAGGGAAACCUCCCACCAUACCUCAGAAUUCUCUUUGCCACUAGCCGCCGGAUGCCGGAAUGUCGGCAACCAGACGAGUCCAAAAUGGAGCCAGAAGGAGAUAUACGUCAGUGUAGCAGCACAGACUUCAACAGGGCAGCCCGCGGUGAUUAGGAAGGUGUCAAGUCUCAGUGCCAGUUCCAUUCCAGCUCACAGGAUACAACAGAAGCAAGACAUCAGUGUUCUAAUGUUAUCGGAGAGAGAGAUGAUGGAUGCAGAACUGUUAUCAUACAAGGAGAACGAGGAGUGUCUCCAACAUAUGGAUGAUUUGCAGGCUAAUAUGAUGUCCUUGGCUGAACAGAUCAUUGAAGCCACACCAGACAGGAUCAAGCAGGAAAACUUCAUCCCGAUGGAAUUUUCACUGUCCGAUCGAGGGGAUGUCCCCAGUGUGAACACCACCUUAAACUGGUUGGCCAGCUACCUGGCCGAUGUGGACCAUUUACCCAGCUUAUCUCAGCUUCGAUCUUUGUACAGUGAGCCCCUGACUCCUCCCUCUAACGCAAGCCAAAGUCCCGCCUCAUCACCAAUCAGCGACGUUAGUUUUGAGAAGCCCACUCUCCCAUCGGCAGCGGAUUGGUCCGAGUUCCUGAGCGCUUCGACCAGCGAGAAGAUGGAGAAUGAGUUUGCCCAGCUGACCCUCUCGGACCACGAGCAGAGAGAGCUGUACGAGGCCGCCAAACUGGUGCAGACCGCUUUCCGGAAGUACAAGGGACGUCCCUUUAGGGAACAGCAAGAAUUGGCUGCUGCUGUCAUUCAGCGCUGCUAUAGAAAAUACAAACAGCUUACAUGGAUAGCCUUGAAGUAUGCACUUUACAAAAAGAUGACGCUGGCCGCCAUCCUGAUCCAGAGCAAGUUCCGCAGCUAUUACGAGCAGAAGAAGUUCCAGCAGAGUCGACGGGCAGCUGUCCUGAUCCAGCAGUAUUACCGUAGCUACAAGGAGUGUGGAAAAAUGAGGCAGAAGCGAAGGACAGCUGCCAUGGUCCACCAAAAAAUCAGGAGCAGUCUGUUGACCAAGAAACAGGAUCAAGCUGCACGGAAAAUUAUGCGAUUUCUGCGCCGUUGUCGUCACAGCCCCCUGGUGGACCGUAGACUGUACAAAAGGCGCACUGGGAGAAAAGAAAACCACAUUUGCUGGAGUCUUAGAGCUGAACCCUUACAUACGCGGAGGGAGAGUGAAAGAAUUGAGAAAGGCCAAGGAACCUGAAGAUUCACAGAAGCACCCCAUAGCAAUGUAACAUUGCUUCCUGACUGUUUUCUUUAUGUUUAUAUCAGAGACAUUUACAAAGAUCACUAGAGAUUUGGGAAGAUUAGCAACACUCUCAUCGCAACAAGGCUCUAGAAACUUUUUUUCUCUCGACCACAUCGGCACUUUUAUGGAACUUUUUUUAAAGAAAACGAAACAAGGCGCCAUAGAACUUGCAACUUAUUGUUUUAAGAACUUGAAAACUAACUUGUAGAAUGAAAUAACCUCUUUACCAGCCUGGUGCGUAGUACUGUAAACUUGUGUCAAGGUUUGCAACACAAAAAAAAGGGGCUUUUUUUGUCGGGAUUAAGCAAAUGUAUGUAGAGAUAUCAAAGAGUGAAGAAAAAAGCAGGUCAGUGCAUUGAGGGGAGUGUUAGUCUGAAAGGAAAGGUGAUGCACAGCUUAUGUGGAUCCUGAGCCAGGGGGUCACGGGUUUUGCACGUUCUGGUGGGUGUGAUCACGGCCACCCUGCAGUGAUAGGGAGUGGUCCAAUACUAGGCCUGGGACUUCCUCUCUUCGAACUUCUUCCUUGCUUUCAUCAAAUCCUGCUGUUGAUCCAUGCUGGGAUUGAACAUAAUGCAAGGGUAGGAAGGAGGAGGAAGAAGAGUUGGAGAUGAGCCCUGUCUCCAGAUGUUGGAUGCAAGCAAUGUGCAAUUUGCCAAAUGGAAGUGGCCUGUGGCUACAUAUAAUCUGCUCGUUCAGUUAACUGGGCAAGGUGCCUGAAAUCUGAUAUAUUUUCCUUGCCCGUUCUCUCCUUUUCUGACUAGAACCCUCCAUACCAGAAGUACUACGGUCUUAAAAACUCUCUUAAGGACCAAUGGUAACUUCUUGGGGCCAAACAAAGAGAACAGCUUGAAGCUAUAUAAUUUUAUUUUCUGUAUAUUGGUUAAACCUUGUGGAUAUUUGGUGUGUGUGUGUGUGCGUGCAUGUGUGUUUCAAACCAACCAAUGUUUUGCGUAUCUUUCAGCCCACUUUUGGUUGUAAACUGUGAAGGAAAUCAGAAGUUUAACAGUUUCUGAAGUCCCGGAGCCUUACUGUUUUGGAGAUACUCAUCACUGUUAGAUCAGGUAGCAAGCUGGGCUGAAUGUCCCAGUCAGCUGGAAGUCACCUGGCAAAUCUGCACCAGAUUCAGCCUACUAGGUAGGGUAUGCACUGCAAAGAAAGGUGAAUAAUUACUUGCAAAAGACCCCAUUCUCAAAUAUAGGUAUUGUCCUCACUGAUCUGGAGGGGCAAACGUGAACUGACAAGUCUCUGCUGUUGGAAUAAUAGUCACUAAUCAAAAGAGUUCCUUGCAGAAUACCUUGUGCAAUCUCUAGCGUCAGAUCCGUUAUUCGUUAGUGGGAGUUGGUGGGCUGGUUGCCUGCUGGGGACAUCACAGCUAAGAACAGACCCGAUGGAAACAUAUAUGCACACUUUUCCAGCUGGGUUGACUGGAUCCUGAUUGAGAGCAGCAAAGCCAACUGGUUUCUCCCUUGAUCCCAUGCUAACCAGGAAGGACCAUCGCAUACCAGAGUCUUGGUAGACUUAAAUGUGGUUUUGUUUGGAAAUCUGAAGCCCGCAUGAAAGCUGAGCGGCACCAGGAUUGAAUGCCUCAGAGGGACACUGAGUUACACCGUCAGAGAGCAUGUCAUCUCCAUGCCUCCAGACUCCACGGAGAUAGGUCACUCCCAAGUUAAGUAAUUAUGUGCAAUGUACAGUAAGUGGAUUUAUCACAUCUUCAUCUCAAUCAGUGUAUUCUGCAUUGAUGGACUUUGGUGGGGUGACCUACACUACACAAACAGCAUGCAGUGUAUAGAGCCAGCCAAGUAUUCAUUACCCCCUCAGGUGCUACAUUGAUAUGUGUGGGUCAUUUAAAUAAGUUUAAAAAUAAUGAAAUGAUGGAGUGACUGUGUGUGUGUAUAAACUUAUUGUUGAGGUUUUUUUUUAAUGUCUUACCAGAUCUUACGAGAGUUGCUGGAACUGAGAUUUUAAGAUGGUGGUUGGGUCACCUGGUGAGAUACACCCAAAGCUAACACAGGAGGCCCUGGCAUGUCUACAAACAUACCCUUGCAGUAUUCCCUGUAUUGCCCUUUAUCCCUCUCUUCCCCUCUCCUUGUCUCGUGAAGGGCGUUACUGCUACAGGUCAAGCCCCAGGUGCUGUCCAUGUUCCAGGCAACAUGUAAUUCUCAGCUAACAUCUCUGUAACCAGUCUAUCUUAAAUUGGCUGCUGUGUUUCUUUAAAUAUGACAGUGAUGAAAAGUAGUUAAUUGGCUGUAUCUCGGGACAUCCUGAGUUUGCUUUAUCCAAGCACUCAUUGUUUGGAGAAGAGGCUUGGAAUUGUCUGUGGUGUUGACAUGUGGAGCCCAGACCUUUGGCUCCAAGAAACAGUGCAAACUGACCGAUUACUUCCGUUCCUGUCUCCAUGCUGGCCAAUUAUCAGUGUUACGUUGAUUUGAAAUGAACCAUGAGGGACAUAUACUUUCAUCAACAGUCAACAACGAGCCUGGUCUUCCCAAGGCCAAAGGCCAGUGUGAGGAGAGAGGAUUUCAAUUUUCCCGAGUGUUAAAGGCUAGUAAUAUGAGAUUGAAGCUGGCCCUACUUUUCUAUAAACAGAAAAGGCCUCCCAAGGCCAACAGUGUUGAAGGUGGCACAGCCUUAUUUUCCAGAUUGCCUGCCAGUUGGGGAUGUUGAAGAAAAGCAAUGUAUUUUAUUGGACCAUCUAGUUUGCUGUUGCAAAGGGGCAGGAAACUUGGAUUAGGUUUGUACUGAGAUACAGACAGAAACCCAACCAACCCUCCAUAAACUCAUUAUUGAUCCAUUAUUGAACCCUUUGCCGUGGUCAAAGUAAAACAGAUUGCUGCCCACUCUAUUGCCAUGAGCUGAUUUGAGAAAAUCAUGCAGUUUUAUUCUUCUUAGCUUAGUUUUAAAUUACUGUGAACUAGCAUAACGGAAUGCUUCUUGAACAACCUGAGCCAUCUAAAACAAAAUGCUUCUGGUGGGGGGGGGGGGGGUAAACCACAUCAGUAUUUCUAGUAGAGGGUAGAUGUGUUGCUACUAUGCAAUCGUGCUAUCGUUGGUAAACAUUAUUACUGACAGCUCAGUGCAUCAAGUUGUAAAGCAAGACCCUUCCCCAAAUAACAUUUCAAACUAAUGAACAAACAAAAUUGAACAAACUGACUCCCUCCAUCUACCUUUACCCUUCAAUUAUACCUUGUGAGGCACCAUUAAAAAGCCCCCCUGCGGUCUUUAUUAUGUUGCUUCACUGGCUGCAUAUCAUUAAAAAAACAUUGUACUGUCAAAAAAAAAGUCUUACUCUGCUUCUCACCAUUGAGUUCACAAAGUACGAGUAUCUGCUGCACUUCGGGCCAUGGCAGGGUAAUGAUCCUGUUCUGUCUGUCAUCAUUGCAAGCUGAGGAGGUGCCCAGGUGCAGCCCAGGUGUGUUGAGGUGAGAGUACCUCACCACAUUUGUUUGCGAUUGAAAUGUUCUCUCACUGACCACACUACAAAGACAAAGGGAAUGGAGGGGGGUUGGGUUUGCUGACAAUGGGGGCAGGAGGUUCCACAUAAGCUGGGUAUUAACCUUAUCCAAAAACUCCCGAAACCUUUCUUCCUCAACAGUCACUGUCACCUUGCUCGUGUCCUGUCACAUCCUGCACUUUAUUUUGCCUUACUUUAUAACUUUUUUUUAGUCUGAACUUUUUUUUAAUAUAUAUAUAAUAUAUAAAUAGUUUAUUUAAAGCUUUGAUUAUUUAAUUUAUUUUCUUUUGUUCUUUCUUUAUUUCAAAAAGCAUUUAAGCUUUUUUAGCCUUUCAAAAAUAGGACAAUUUUUUUGUGGGGUCACAUUCAUUGCCUUGACAUCGUACAAGACAGUAAGGUCUUGUAUGAUGUAUUCUGCUGGCCAGUAAUGUCCAUAUUCUUGGCUACUGUCAGUAACCUGGGUGGACUCUGUAUAUAUUGAAGAUCAUGAUAGGGAGAUGAAUGAAAACAAUGAAAAAAAGUGGGAUGCCAACAAUGAAUUAUUUUACUGUGAGUGGUUAUGAGAUUGGUAAUGGCAGAAUGGGAAUUUGUAUAGUUUUAUCUGAAUGAGCUAGCAAUGUGGAUAUACUGUUUGUAAAUAAUGUAUAUAUACUUAAAAUGAUGGAAAAAAAACACCAGAGAUAUGUGCAUGACUGUAAUGAACAAAAAAAAAACAAAAGGAAGUAUUAGAAGCAAAUGACCUGUAAAAUGAAAAAAAAAUCACUGUAAGAAUUCCUUAUUUUAAAUGUUCUUUAGAAGAACAUUUUUGCUAAAGCAUGAUUACUUGCAAAAAAACUACUGUACUUAGAAUUAGAAAACAGACAGCAAAAUGAUAUAACUGAAAAGUUUAUGUUUACAUAUUUCUUUUCUGUUUGGCUACCAAGACUUAUCUCCUUUGCCAAUGGGUGCCAAGUAAUGUGAAUGCUGUAUUGCUAAAAGAAAAGACACAACAUUAAGUUAUAAUCUUUGCUGAGCAGGUUACUGUAAGGAUAUAAUAUAUAUAUAUAUAGCAUUAUACCAUAAAUCACUCUUUGAAAAGAAAGAUUAACAGGCAUUUUUAUGUUAAAUACUGUGUGAUACAGUGGAAAAUGUUACACACAUAAUACACACAUACAUAUGCAUACAAAUACACGCACACAUACAGGACACAAUAGAUUUUGAAAAAAAUAUAUUACAUAAAUCAAACUUGACAGUAAUGGAAAGAAUGUCCACUUCAUCUGUUCAUCUGAGAUUAGACAAACAGGUCACAACAUUGCACAAAAAAAAAUAAAAAAAAUAAAAUUCUAGAAAAUGCAAAGCUUUGUUGCACACUGCAACAACCCAGAGACAUAUGCUACGACAGAGACUCCUGGGGUUGCUCACAAUUGCAUGUGAUACUAGUGUAGAUUCUCCUUUUUUUUUUUUUUUGUCUCUCUUUUCUUGCCCCUUCCUUUUUUUUCCCCCCCUCUCUUUCUUCCUCUACACUCUCUUGUUUUUAACCUUUUUGAUUUCAACCUUUUGUUUCAAUUGUUCCUCUUUUUGUAUGUCUGCAUGUGAGAGCGUCACUGGGUCGUUUAGAAUCUUUACAAGGGAUAGCCCAGCUGCCAGAGUCAUGCAAACAUUUUAAAUUCCCCGUCAAAAUUAUGUAAGAUGUUUUUGAAUGCUUUAUAAUCCUUUCUGCUGUAAAUUAAAAAAACAAAGAAAAAUC